AUGGCGACGGUGUCUCCACUUCCAUCAGCGCGUCGUCGUAAGCCAGCAACCUAUGGCAAGGCUUCCCGAAACACCAAUGCCUGGAACGUGGACUCCUUCGGUGGCUUGAGUGAGGAUGAGACGCCGGUCAAGAAAUCUGCCACUUCGCGGACCACGACAGUAACAGAGAGCUGGCCAGUACGGAAACAGGGUUCAGCGCCGCCUACACCCGAGCCUGCGAAGCAACGAGCGAAGAAGCAGGACGCUUUCGAUGUACCUUCCUCAGAUGACGAGGCUGAGACUUAUGUCAUGCGAUUAUCACCGCCGGAGCAUCUCGUCAAACGCAAGCUGAUCAGUGCGGCUCCAGAACAGGAGGCAGAGCUAGCACCAUGGGAGAAGCGCAAAGAACAAGCCACUGGGCAAGAUGAUGCUUCAACCACACGACGGAGGAAGAUUGACCAGGCGUCACCUGAUGCACAGCUGCAGGCAGAGAUCGCAAAGGCGUUACAGCAAGAGGAAGAGAAGCGGGCAAAAGACGUCGACCUGCCAGCGCGACUAAAGCAUACCAUACCUAAAGACGCUGCUCCGGGCCCGGGGAGAGUAUCCAGUCCUAUUGCACAAGGGGCUGCCGCGAAGCUCCAAGCCAAGAAGCUGCUCAAUAGUGGCGAAGUCGCACCUCAGCUUGCAGUAGAAAGCUACAAAAGGCCAGGAAAUGACACCGGCGACUCCAGUAACAUUCCACGCAAGAGACUACGUCCUACUGAACCUGAUGCGCCUACGAACGAGGAUACGGAUAUGGCUGAGAUAGACCCAACGCCAUCGUGCGAGACUUCAAUAACCCGGAAACCAGGACAGAUUGUCUUCGACCUGCUAGACUCUAGCGAAGAUGAGGCUGCUCGUGCCAGACCAAGUCCUAUCAGCAGCUCCGCUAUCAAGCGCAAAGAUCGCCGUGGUAAAUUGGUCGCAUACGCGCGAUCAUCUCCUCACAAAAUGACAUCUGCGCCGGCACGUCUCAGUAACAUGCUUCCGCCAGACAGCGAAACUAGCGGAACCUCCUCCAGCCGCUCUCCUUCGGUGGCCACCAGCCGGCCUACGACCCCGAAGAAGGCAACGAGCUCAAGCAAAGCCUCUACACCGGACACCAUGAUGAAAGCGAGUGGCAGCAUGACACCAAAGCAAGUACGGCUGUGGACAAAUUUGUUGUCCAAUGAGAACGCGGCACCCUCGCCAAGUGCACUUCCCAUGGAGGACUUGCGAUUACAUACUGUGCGAGCCAAGAAGACUACGACUCCAAUCACAAGCACGCGCACCUUGACAAAAUCCAGCUCAGACGUCGGACACAGGCGCACUCGACUCGUCGAUCUACUUAAAGCUUCAGCGCCUAGUUCGGAGAACGAAUCGUCAGACGAGAAAGAUGAAGACACAAGUACUGACGAUGUUGACAUGGCGGAUAGCGGGGCAGAUGAGCCAGAUGACGAGCCAGUGGCAGCGUCUCAACAAUCGCAGAGCCAAAGCCAAGGUGCCAACAAGAUUACGUAUGCACGAGUACGGUCUUAUCUGCCAGAAGAUAGUCUGGAGGCCAGCUUGAUGCUCGAUCUUCCUGCGCAAUCGCCUGACAAGGCUGCGCUGUCACGGCGACCUACUGAGAGAUCCAACAGGCAGUCCCAGAAGUCUGAGUUUGACAUGGAUGAGAGCGACGAUGAAGCGGCCGCUGGUCGUCUGCGUACUGUACACGAGCUCCGCGCCACGGGCACGAAUCAACGGUUUAUGGAUGAUACUGCUGGUCUGUUGGAUGACAUUUCUAAUCACCAGGCGUCUGCACGAAGCCGAAGACGGAGUGCAAUGGUCGAGCUGGCCCGUAAGCUUUUCGAGAAGCACUUCACGGAGAAGUUUGUCAGGCAGAGUUUUGAGCGCCAACUGCUCGCAGAAUGUGAUGCUGCGCCCGAUCUCGUCACUGACUUCGCACUGAGCGCAGCAUUUGUUGCAAUAAUGAUCAACGAGCCGCCUGAUCAUGUGGUCGAAACUAUGAAGUCGGCCGGCUUGCUGUCCUGGCUGGGCCGCUUUCUUGCCAUGCGCACAAAUAUACAGAAGGCCACACGAGACAGGCAAAACAACAUGUCAAGGUCCGCGCAGGCCACAUAUACUGACUUUGUCUCAACGAUUGCAACGAGCGAUGCAAUAUGGGGCGGUCACCAGCCCAGCACUUUGAGUCCGCGCACACUUGCUCUCAAAGCCCAUGAUCAACUCGUCCGUCUACUGCGACGCACAGGCGACAGGUCAGAGCUGAUUUCUGUGGACGACAUUCGAGCACUCCUGCCGAAUGACCAGGAAAUCGAGGUACUGCCGGACGCAAACGCGCUGGCUGAGGUGGUCGUUGCUGUCUCGACCCUGGAGAGCCUCUCUACCACGGCGCUGGCGCUGGCAUGGCCAUCCGACAUCCUGGAGCGCAUCAGAACGCUGCUGGUCUCAGCACAGCUUGGGCCCGACAGUGCUCAACACGUCCAUUUCUUGACUCUGCGGCUUUGCCUGAAUCUGACGAACGACAAUGUGCGCAACUGCAAGUCUUUGUCAAAGCAGCCAACAGUGCGGUGCCUGCUGCGUACCAUCGAUGAAGGCUUUCCCCGAUUGGACGCGGCAUCAUCUGAAGAGCAGCGAACCAUUGACUUGGACUUGCUUGUGCUUUCGAUGGGCGUGCUGAUCAACUUGACAGAGCACAGCGAAAGUGCUCGAAGACACGCGGCGACGGGAGAUGUUUCGCCACUGUUGGCGGCUUUGGUGGACGUCUUCCUGCACGGCCAAAAGGUGCUGCUGGAGGCCGAGACGGUGGAACAGAGUGUAAACAACGUGGCAUAUGGGUACCUUGCCGUAGUCCUGGCCAAUUUCUGCACCAACAAGGAGGCUAAGGCGAUCAUAAGUGCCAAGCUACCGCACGGCAGGCUUGACGCAUUGGUGGAUGCAUUGACGGAGUUUGUGGCCCAUCACCAGAAAGUUGACACGCUCAAUUUUGAGGGCGAGGAAGGAAUGAGCGUAUGGAGUGCCUUCACGGAGAAGCUGAAGGCUGUGCUACUGAAGCUCAAAGCAGAGGCAGACGCGUGA